CAAGAAAAUAAAUAAAGUGUUUAGUUAUAACUGAGUAAGUAGUGGUAAUAAAUAAUAAUAUUUAUGAUAUUGUUCAAAAUGUUUACCUUAAUAAUAAUUUGUUGUUAAAUGAUAAAAUGACGUGUUGAAGAUACUUAGUUUUGAAGUUUUAUCAUGAAUUCCGUCGAAAUUGACGAGGUCAAGACGGUAGUUACUAAUAAAAUGCGUAAAGACAAAAAGUUGUCUGUAAGUUCUAUCAGUAGCAGUAGUGCACCGCCGGAAUUGAAGCCUCGAGUGGUGACAGUCAAGCAACCGGAUUCGAAAAAGUUGUACACGCCGUCCGCCAAAAAAGAAAAUACGAAAAAAUCAGUUCAAGAUGCAGUGAAGGAAAUUCAGAAUUGUAACGAGUGUUCCGACUGGCGUUUGGACUUGAGCAAAUCCGGCUUGACCAAAGUUCCAAUAACCAUUAGAGAUUCUACGCAAUUGACUGAGGUAUAUCUGUAUGGCAACAAAUUGGUUACUUUACCUCCAGAAAUUGGAUGUCUGACUGGUUUACAUACUUUAGCACUCAGUGAAAACUCUCUGACCAGUCUACCCGAAUCACUCGCCAAUCUUACUAGUCUUAGGGUUUUGGACCUAAGACACAAUAAACUCACUGAAAUACCAGAAGUUGUUUUCAAAUUGGUUGAGCUGACAACACUUUUUUUACGUUUCAAUCGCAUACGUACUGUGGGAGAUGGUAUUAGUAAAUUAACUAAUCUAACGAUGCUCAGUUGCCGAGAGAACAAAAUCAAAGAUAUUUCGCCUAGUAUAGGUAAAUUGGAAUCUUUAGUUACACUUGAUGUGUCACACAACCAUUUGGAACACUUGCCCCAAGAGAUUGGCAACUGUAAACAUUUGUCCUCAUUAGAUCUUCAACACAAUGAACUUGUUGACAUUCCUGAUACCUUUGGUAAUCUUACACUUCUUAGACGUUUAGGAUUACGAUACAACAGAUUGAAGAUUCUACCAAGUACAUUAAGUAAUUGUAUUUUAAAUGAAUUUAAUGUAGAAGGUAAUAUGAUAAGUUGUUUACCCGAUGGACUUCUGGUAAAUUUAAAUGUGAGCAGUGUAACAUUGGCUAGAAAUUGCUUUACAGCUUAUCCGACCGGAGGACCUGCACAAUUUCUCAGAGUACACACAAUAAAUGUUGAGCAUAACAAAAUUGAUAAAAUACCGUAUGGAAUAUUUUCCAGAGCAGAGUAUUUAACAAAACUUAACAUGAAAGAUAAUGCUUUGACAUCACUGCCAUUAGAUAUCAAUUGUUGGACUAAAUUGGUCGAGAUGAAUUUAGCUACAAACAUGAUUUCUAAAUUGCCUGAUGACAUACAGUAUCUACAAACAUUGGAAGUGUUGAUUUUAUCCAAUAACCUAUUAAAAAGACUGCCUGCUACCAUAGGAAAUCUUCAAAAACUCAGAAUACUGGAUCUCGAAGAAAACAAAUUAGAAUUGUUACCUCAAGAAAUUGGUUAUUUAAGAUCGUUGCAAAAAUUAAUGUUGCAGUCAAACCAGUUACAAGCUCUUCCACGUGCAAUUGGACAUCUAACUAGCCUCGUGUACCUUAGUGCCGGGGAAAAUAAACUCAGUACGAUACCAGAAGAAAUUGGUACAUUAGAAAAUUUGGAAGCACUAUACGUAAACGCCAACCUAAAUCUUCAUAAUUUACCUUUUGAGCUCGCCUUAUGUAACAAAUUGCAGUUGUUGGACAUUGAAAAUUGUCCAUUGAGUCAACUCGGUGAUAUAGCCAAAGGGGGUCCAUCAGUUAUAAUGUCAUAUCUCAAGGUUAAUGGUCCCUACCGUGCUUUUAAUUAAAAAAGAUCAGUAUGGUAACUAUUUGAUAUGUUUACUUUAAUGUCGAAGUAAGUUUUAAAAGCUUUAUUUGUUAUUGUGCUAAAAAUGUUCAUAAUAAAGUUAUUUAUAUAGAAAUAAACACACAAUUAUUAUUAAAACUGAAUUUCUGUAGGCCACCAUUUAGUAGUGUGUAUCAUACUUUCAUUACAAUUAUAAGACUAAAUAGAAAAAAAUAUCUUUAAAAAUAGAAGAACACAGUUAUUAUUGUCCUACAAUCAAGUGCUUAUUAAAUGUUUGCAAUUUUUCUUUAAAAAACCAUAUGCUCUGGUAGCUUUUGAAAAAGUUAAAAGAAUAUUGGUAAAUGAUAAAAAUACAAAAUAUAUUUCUGUUUUUGUUUAUAUAUUUCACAGUUAUUGGCCUUUAGAUUAUUUGUUUUUUCAAAUAUUUUCCAUCCUUUAAUUUCACAAUUUGUUUGCAUAUCCGAAGUUAAAAAUAUUAAUUAGUAAACAGUUAUUUUUAUAUUAUAUUUUGUUAUUUACCAUUGUUUUGAUACUUUUCUCUAAAGCUAAAAAAAAAUGUAAUUUAUAAAGAAAAAAAAGUGCCAACAAUUUUUUUCAUUACCUAGUACAAUUAUCAUUUAAUAAUAAUUUAUUUCUGUUAAUUAUAAGGACAUAGGAAAAAAUAGCUUUUAUUUUUGGGAUGAUUUUGGUUAAAAAUUAUAACAUAAUAUUAUGUUCUUAUAAAUUGUAUUAAAUCUUUUUGAGUACUUCGUUAUUUGUCAUUUAAAUUUAUCCGUUAACAAAACAUUAUAAAUAUUAUUAUAUUUAGAUGGUAUUUAUACAUUCUCUAUAAUAAUAAGUAACAUUUUCAUGAUUAGAACUUAGAAUGUACAAUAGUGAUUGUAUACUUUCCUUGUAUACAAUUUUAUCAUAUCUUAAACUAAAGUAUAUUACAAUAUAGGUAUUACAAAUAUAUAUAAUAAAUUAUAUUAUUAGCUAUUAAGUAUUUGAAAUGGAAACAUAUUUAAUAAAAAGUAUAUUGUAAGUGAAGUUUGACAGAUUUUUUUUCAGUAUUCUACUUAAUUAAUUAAAUUACAUAUAUUGAAUUGUUUGUAAUUGACCACUUUAGAAUUAUAUUAUAUUGUAGGUUAUCACAAUCUAUUGAGUCGUGAAAUAGUUAUUAGGUGAUACAAUUUUUUAAUGUUGAAUUUUGACGUUUUUAUUUAAUACAUUUUUAUUUUACAAUAUUAAAUAAUCCAAUUUUCAAUCAUUUUUAUUGUAAACUUUAAUUUAUAAACUUAUUAGCUAUAGUUAUUCAUUUUGUUGAAAAUAACCUGGUAUAUUAUGUUUUUGUUAGUAUUUUAGUUAAUUAUUUAUAAUACUUAUAUGAACUAUGGUAUAACAUAUUUGUUGUACAAAAUAAAAAAUAGUGCAUAUUUCAUUUAUGGUUAUAUAUGUAUAUAUAUAUUUUUUUUUAAAUCAUUAAAUAUGUUCUCUUUGUAAUUUGAAAUACUAAUUUUUUUUUUAAAUAUUUGGUACCUUACUUCUUAUGCUGUCAACUUGAAAUUUAUAUCUCAAUCCCAAUAUUUUAUUGUAACCAUAUAGAUCAAAAUAUAUUUAAUUUAUAUAUUGUUUACUAAUUUAUUUUUUAUUUUUAAUUGUGUUAAUAAAUAUAUAGUGUAUUAUUUAAUAUUUGCUUUAGUUAAAAUAUUAUAUAGUAUAAAUGUUUCCAUAUUGUAUAUUAUAUAAACUAUUAUGACUUGUUGUAUUUAUCGAUAACUACAUCUUUUAAAACUAUAUAUAUAAAUGUAUUAUUAUUUUUGUGUGAUAAAUAAUAUAUCUAUAUUACGUAUACGUUUGAACAAAUCGAAAAAUUAUUUGUUUUAAAUCAUUUAUCAAAUAAAAUAUUAUUAAUAUUAUUACUUAUAAUUUUAUGAUAUAGAUAAUGUUUGAUUGGUUAUUAAUGAACCUAUUAGAUUAAUCAUAGUGAUAUAUUGUUAGUAUAAUACUAGUUAAAGUUCUUAAAUCUUUACUUUGGCUAAAAUUCCACCCUUUAUGCUUGUACUAUUUAUAAAAUUGUGUUUUUGUCAUUGUUUGUGCAAUAUAAUGAUAUUUACUUUAAAUUCAAAACUUUGUAGAUUGUUUAAUAAUAUUGUACCCAAUUUCUUUUCCAACAUAUUAUUAUAAUCAAAAUGUAAUUAUUCAC